AUGGCCCCCGUGACGACCACGGACGUGUGCGGCCUCGGCAAAGACGGGCUCGUCGACCUGGCCUGGCACCUACGCCUCAACUGCGGCCUGGCCAUGCACCUGCGCUGGAUCGGCCCGUGCCCGCUACAGCCAGCGCACGCGGAUAACCUGGACCUUCCCGAGGACGUGCUCUCCUCGCCUUCACGCAGACGCUCCGUCAGCACGGUUUCCAGACGUGGCUGCAAUUGCGCAAAGCACCUGGUCCAGAUCGGCACGCACGAGGUCACACCUGAUUUCCUGCACGUAGACGCUGGGCGGGCCACCCUAUCUACGCCUCGCCCGCUCCUCGACCUGGUUCCGCAAGACCUGCCGACCCGCCCGCCGCCGUCAAAGCGGAACGCCCGUUCCCUGGACUCACGCACGGACUUCAGGCGGGCCCCCGGGGCCAACAGGCAAGAAAGGACGGCGCAGCACGAUACGGUCGACUACGCUCGGUCCGCGGACCUCACCAUCGACAGCGCGCAGAAGUCCUGGAUCGACGGGCGACAGCGGCGGGCAGUAGCCCAGCAGCUCUACCACUUUUCGACAAUUCGAGACCCACGCCGCAGGCCCCUGGGAGAUUGCGCCGAAUUCCUGGUCACCAUUUACG